AACAUCCCUAAGAAUCCUUUCAUUUCACCCUUUUCCUCCAUAUCUUCAGUGUCUUACUCUCUCCGACUCCGUGCUUCACUCCAGCUUCUCCUUUCUCUCUUCAAAGAAAAUGCGUGAGAUCCUUCAUAUUCAAGGUGGCCAAUGCGGCAACCAAAUCGGAGCCAAGUUCUGGGAAGUUGUUUGUGCUGAGCAUGGCAUAGAUGCAACUGGGCGUUACCAAGGAGACUUGGAUCUUCAACUUGAGCGAAUCAAUGUCUACUACAAUGAAGCCAGUUGUGGUAGAUUCGUUCCUCGUGCUGUUCUCAUGGAUCUUGAACCUGGAACCAUGGACAGCAUCAGAUCUGGCCCCGUCGGUCAGAUUUUUAGGCCAGAUAACUUCGUUUUUGGUCAGUCUGGUGCUGGUAACAACUGGGCUAAGGGCCAUUACACUGAAGGUGCUGAGUUAAUCGACUCCGUACUUGAUGUUGUUCGUAAAGAGGCUGAAAACUGCGAUUGCCUUCAAGGGUUUCAGGUUUGUCAUUCCCUGGGAGGAGGAACUGGAUCUGGAAUGGGAACACUGUUGAUAUCGAAGAUAAGGGAGGAAUACCCAGAUAGGAUGAUGCUGACUUUCUCAGUCUUCCCAUCUCCUAAGGUCUCUGAUACAGUUGUGGAGCCUUACAAUGCCACUUUGUCUGUUCACCAAUUGGUUGAAAAUGCUGAUGAGUGUAUGGUUCUGGACAAUGAGGCCUUGUAUGACAUCUGUUUCCGCACACUUAAGCUAACCACUCCCAGCUUUGGUGAUUUGAACCAUUUGAUAUCUGCAACAAUGUCUGGAGUUACAUGCUGCUUGCGAUUCCCUGGUCAGCUCAACUCCGAUCUCAGGAAACUUGCCGUGAAUCUCAUCCCCUUUCCUCGUCUUCACUUUUUCAUGGUGGGUUUUGCUCCACUCACUUCUAGGGGGUCUCAACAGUACCGAGCUCUAACAGUACCUGAGCUCACCCAGCAAAUGUGGGACGCAAAGAACAUGAUGUGUGCUGCUGAUCCUCGUCACGGUCGAUACUUGACUGCAUCUGCUAUGUUCCGUGGUAAAAUGAGCACCAAGGAAGUGGAUGAGCAGAUGUUGAAUGUCCAGAACAAGAACUCCUCAUACUUUGUUGAGUGGAUCCCGAACAAUGUGAAAUCGACCGUUUGUGACAUCCCACCCACUGGGCUGAAGAUGGCAUCAACAUUUAUUGGCAAUUCAACAUCCAUACAGGAGAUGUUCAGGCGUGUGAGUGAGCAGUUCACAGCUAUGUUUAAGAGGAAGGCCUUCUUGCAUUGGUACACAGGGGAAGGCAUGGAUGAGAUGGAGUUCACUGAAGCUGAGAGUAACAUGAAUGAUCUGGUCUCAGAGUAUCAGCAGUACCAAGAUGCAACAGCUGAUGAUGAAGAGUACGAAGAAGAAGAAGAGGAACCCGAAUACGAGGACUAAGGAGAAGGAAAGUUAUUGCCAUUUUGGCAAUUCAAAAUCUCAACUCCCAGUUGCUGGUGCUUUUUUUUUCCUGUUUUGGAUGUGAAAGAAUUAGUCAUUUACUUUUGCUGUAACUGCUGUUGCAUUUCUGGAUAUUUGCAGACUUGUAUUUUUCUUUCUUUGAAGUUUCUUUCUAAAUAUUGUCUUGAGUUUUAUGAAAGCAAAUGAACUGAAUGAUGAAAUAUUAUAGGCAAA